AUGCAGCCCGGCGGCGGCGGCGCGAUCCGCGUGCUGAACGUGGCGGAGAAGCCGUCGGUGGCGAAGGCCGUGGCGGAGAUCCUGUCGCGCCGCUCAAUGCAGUCGCGGGCGGGCCGGUCCCAGUACAACCGCAUCUUCGAGUUCAACUACGCCAUCAACGGCCGCGCCUGCCACAUGCUCGUCACCUCCGUCACGGGCCACCUCAUGGAGCUCGAAUUUGAUGACCGAUUCCGCCGCUGGCACUCCUGCGACCCCGCCGAACUCUUCCACGCUCCCGUCCGUAAGUCCGUGCCCCAGGACAAGCAGGCCAUAAAACAGACUUUGGAAGAAGAAGCUAGGAGAUGCCAGUGGCUGGUGCUAUGGCUUGAUUGUGAUAGAGAGGGUGAGAACAUAGCAUAUGAAGUGAUCGAUGUUUGUACAAGUGCCAACAGUCAUCUUAACAUUUGGAGGGCUCGCUUCUCAGCUUUGAUUGACAGGGAAAUACAUGAAUCUGUGCAACAUCUUGGCAGGCCCAACAAGCUCUUUGCAGAUGCUGUGGAUGCAAGACAGGAAAUUGACCUUCGCAUUGGUGCCUCCUUCACAAGGUUUCAAACAAUGCUGUUAAAAGAUGCAUUUGUAAUUAAUGUGACUGGGGAUGACAGGAAUUUAGUUCUGAGCUAUGGUCCUUGUCAGUUUCCAACCCUAGGAUUCAUUGUUGAGCGUUUCUGGGAGAUUCAAGCUCAUGAACCUGAAGAGUUCUGGACGAUAAAUUGUACUCAUACUUCAGAUGAAGGCACUGCAUCUUUUGGUUGGAUACGUGGUCAUUUGUUUGAUUAUUCAUGUGCUAUUAGUAUCUAUGAAAUGUGUGUUUCAGAACCAAUGGCAACAGUACAAAAUGUUAGGAAUCAAGAGAAACUAAAAUACCCCCCAUAUCCACUAAGUACAGUGGAGCUUCAGAAACGUGCUUCUAGGUACUUUAGAAUGAGUUCAGAGCACACAAUGAAGGUGGCUGAAGAACUUUAUCAAGCUGGAUUCAUUAGUUAUCCGAGGACAGAAACUGAUAACUUCUCCCCAAACACUGACCUGCAUGCAAUUGUACGUGAACAAGUGAAUCAUCCAGUUUGGGGAGCAUAUGCUCAGCGACUUCUAAAUCCUGAAGCAAGACUUUGGAGAAAUCCCAGUAACGGUGGUCAUGAUGACAAAGCACAUCCUCCUAUUCAUCCAACCAAGUUUUCAGAAGGUGAAAGAAACUGGAGCCCAGACCACACUAGAUUGUAUGAGCUUGUUGUCCGACAUUUCCUUGCAUGCUGCUCUCAACCGGCUGUUGGAGCUGAAACAACUGUGGAAAUUGACAUAGCCGGUGAACAGUUUAAUGCAUCAGGGCGUGUUAUACUUUCUAAAAAUUAUCUGGAUGUUUAUCGCUUUGACUCAUGGGGUGGAACAUUACUUCCAACAUACAACAUUGGGCAGCAGGCAGGAAUUGGCACUGAUGCAACCAUGCAUGAUCACAUAAAGAAGUUGCUUGACCGUUGUUAUGCAACCAAAGAUGAAAACACACGUUUCUCCCCGACAAAUCUUGGUGAGGCAUUGGUGAUGGGUUAUGAUGAAAUGGGGUAUGAGCUCUGGAAGCCUUAUUUAAGAUCAAUGAUGGAAGCUGAUAUGAAAUCAGUUAGCAUGGGUACUAAGAGUAAAUCAGAAGUACUCCAGAGUUGUUUGCAGCAGAUGAAGGCCUGUUUUCUUGAUGCAAGGGUGAACAAAGCAAAACUCCUUGAUGCAAUGGGGACAUUCUUUGCAAGGUCUAAUAGACCUAUAAAUGAAACUCAAAAUCUGGUAGAGGUUGUGAGGCCUUGUGGUGCAUGCAAUGGAUCUGAAAUGGUGCUUAAGCGAAGGGCGACUGGUGAAUUUAUGGUUGGGUGCCGAAGUUAUCCACAAUGUAGAAACGUGGUAUGGCUCCCAGGAUCUCUUUCAGAAGCGGCUGUAACUAAUCAAGUUUGUCCUAUCUGUGCACCAGGCCCUGUUUAUAAGAUUCAAUUCAAGUUCCGUCGUAGGGAUAUUCCACCAAAUUUCGAUGUUGAUCACCUAGGUUGUGUUGGUGGAUGCGAUGAUAUCCUCAGAGAGCUUAUGGAGCUAAGUAGGUUUGGAGGUCGUAGCCAGGCUGCAACACCAGCAAGAGGACCAACUCCAAAUGGUGUGGGUCAGGGGGGUCCAAGGCAGGAUUUACAUACAAAUUUUCGUCCGGCAGGCCAGCUUAAUAAUGAGAACCCAUCCGUUAUGCAUUCUCAAGGUUUCCGUUCAACCCAUACCCAAAAUCCAAGUAGUGCUUCAGGUUCAAUGGCGGUUCCAAAUGACAACCAAUUCGUGCACCAUCUGAAGGAUCAUGGUGCUAUCGGUCCUUUCCUACCAGCAGAGCCAACACCGUUGUGUUACUGUGGGUUACCGGCAUUUGUGAAGUAG